AUGUUCACCACAAAUACUUCAGCAGCCAAGUGGAUCUCAAACAACAACAUAGAUUUUGGUCAGAAUUGCGUUUUUAUUGGUUUUGAUGCAGAUAAUUUCCAUUACGAUGAUGAACUCACAUGGGAUAAAGCUUUGAUUGCAGCUAUGGAUACAUCAGGUAUUUUAAAGUAUUCACUCGUUUCAUACAGAUUUGACAAAAACAAAACUAUUAAUAGAGAAGACGUGGCAUUAUUAGCUGGUAAGUAUAUUGAGUUUUGUGAAGACUUUUUGCUUAACGACGGUAAGAAACUGGUUGGGCUGAAUCUAAAUGUUGUAAUGAAUCAGUUCACUUUUGUUGAAAAGCACGAAAUUUGGGAAAGACUUAAAAAUACUGGUUUUAAUAUUAUAUGGUUACCUCCUUUAUCUACAUUGAAUCCACUUGAAGAAUUGUGGCAUCUGUUGAACCAUUUGAGUUUGAGAGAAAAUUCUCUGGAUGAUGUUAAUGAAAUAAUUCAUGAUAUGAUUUGCUCUGUUGAUGGAGCUUUUGCCAAGUCAACAAUAGAUGGUGCUGCUAAAAAUGUGAAAGAGUUAUUAAAUUAA